AUGGCAACCACUACACAAGAGAAGCAAUCACAGGCUGGUAGGCACCAGGAAGUUGGCCACAAGAGCCUUUUGCAAAGUGAUGCUCUUUACCAGUAUAUUCUGGAGACUAGUGUCUAUCCGAGGGAGCCUGAAUCCAUGAAGGAGCUCAGAGAGUUGACAGCCAAGCAUCCAUGGAACCUUAUGACUACAUCAGCUGAUGAAGGCCAAUUCUUGAACAUGCUUCUUAAAUUGAUCAAUGCCAAGAAAACCAUGGAGAUUGGUGUCUACACUGGCUACUCUCUCUUAGCCACAGCCCUUGCUCUCCCUGAUGAUGGACAGAUCUUGGCCAUGGAUAUUAACAGAGAAAACUACGAGUUGGGUCUGCCAGUUAUCCAAAAGGCUGGUGUUGCACACAAAAUUGAUUUCAGAGAGGGCCCUGCCAUGCCAGUUCUUGAUCAACUAGUCGAAGAUGAAAAGAAUCAUGGAUCCUUUGAUUUCAUCUUUGUGGAUGCUGAUAAGGACAACUACUUGAACUACCACAAGAGGCUAAUCGAUCUGGUGAAAGUAGGUGGUUUGAUAGGCUACGACAACACCCUAUGGAAUGGCUCGGUGGUAGCACCACCUGAUGCUCCUCUCAGGAAGUAUGUCAGGUAUUACAGAGACUUUGUGUUGGAGCUCAACAAGGCUCUUGCUGUUGACCCCAGGAUUGAGAUCUGCAUGCUCCCAGUUGGUGAUGGAAUCACGCUUUGCCGUCGGAUCAAAUGAACCACCACCACCACCACCCAAGGUUGACCACCUUUCAUUCGGCACAAAAUAUUCGACGUCAAUAUCAUAUAUGUAUUUUCAAUCUUCAACUCCCAUCUUUUUAUUUUUAUUUUUUUUUUAAUUUCAAAUCUUAAAAUUGUGUAUUUUAUCGUAAUGCACGGUGGAUGAUUGAAGAAUGCCACAUUAAUACGGUGUAAACUCAAUUUGAUAUUUUUAAACAUGCCUAUCUACCUUAUCAAAUUAAUUUCCAAGCUAUAAAUUUAAA